AUGCCGCCCCGAACGAGAGCGGGGGUUCAAAGCCAGAAGCAGAAGGAAAAGAGAGUUCUCGUCCAAAGAUCUCCGGAGUGUCGGCAAUUACACCCUAGGAAGACUCAUUGGAAAGGGCUCCUUUGGCAAGGUCUACCUUGCGUCGCACAAGCUCACCAAUGGCUCGAAGGUACGAUGCGGAAUCAUGAAGGGUCGAACGGUACUGAUACUCGACAGGUGGUGCUCAAGUCGUCCAGCAAGGAGGAUACCAAUCUCGUCCGCGAAAUCCACCACCAUCGCCAAUUCCUUCACCCCCAUAUCGCACGACUGUACGAGGUGGUGGUGACCGAGAGUCUGGUCUGGCUGGUGCUGGAGUAUUGCCCUGGCGACGAACUGUACAACUACCUCCUCCGCCAUGGUCCAUUAUCAGUUGACAAGGUCAAACGGAUAUUUACACAAUUGGUGGGAGCAGUCGCUUACGUCCACAGCAAGUCGUGUGUGCAUCGCGACUUGAAACUCGAGAAUAUUCUGCUGGAUAAGCAGGAAAACGUCAAGCUGUGCGACUUCGGCUUCACGCGCGAAUAUGAAGGGAAGGCCAGCUACCUCCAGACAUUUUGUGGGACGAUAUGCUAUAGUGCGCCGGAGAUGCUGAAAGGAGAGAAGUACGCCGGUGAAAAAGUGGACGUGUGGAGCCUGGGCAUCAUUCUCUAUGCGCUUCUGGCUGGCGAACUGCCGUACGACGACGACGACGAUCAAGUCACCAAACGACGCAUCUUGUCGGAAGAGCCAACAUUCAACGACAAAUUCACAGAGGAUGCCAAGGCGUUGAUCAAUCUGCUGCUGUCUAAACGCCCAUUGAUUAGGCCGAGCUUAGAUGAAAUCCUGGCGCAUCCUUUUCUCUCGGAGCAUGCUCCUGAACAGCUUGCGAUCCUCAAAAUUCCAAGACCUUCACCAUUCACAACGCCGUUGGAAAAGACAACUCUGCAGCGAAUGAAGAGUGCAGGUGUUAACAUUGACGAGGUUAUCGAGAACGUAUUGGCUCAGCGAUGCGACCCGCUAGCCGGCUGGUGGGCUCUCCUGAUUGAGAAAGAGCAGCGAAAGGAACAAAAGAGAGAACGGAAGCGUCGCGAACGGGAGGUCGAAGCCAAGAACCUGCGCCGAUUGAGUGCUGCAAGCAGUCGUUUGGAGAAACGGUCAUCCGCUCUGAUGGAAGUGGAGGAGGAAGGUCAGAGCUCAGAAUUACAGAAUCGUGGAAGACGGGAUAGAAGAAGCUUACCUUCUCAAUUGGCAGUGCCGGAACUUCCUGCGCUCCCCGAACCGCUGCCCACCUUCCCAGUUGAGGCGACUACGCCUCCGUUGCCGAUUGACAAAGAUUCCAUCCGAUCCCACGGCUCGUCGCGACGCCGCCCAAUUCCUCCACCGAAAGACCGGCGGCGAUCCCGGCCCAGCAUGCUGCAUGUGAGCGCAUCACAGCCGGAGUUGACACAGCAUAAUGGUAUUUUCCGACGUCGCACGAGUCGCCGCCACAAUUACCCGAUACUCAGCCAACUAGCAUCGCUCAAGCACUGGUUUGUCGAGUCUGCAAAGCGAGCGCGUUCACCUCAUGCCAAGUCCACGGGCUCGCGCAAGUUUCUCUCGGAGAAGCUGAGCCCGGCAAAGAGCCAGGAGAAUGGAAAGAAACCUGCAACAUCCUCACCGGCAAGCGAGAUUGCAGGUGAGGAUGUUCAGACACCGACUCAGACCAAUCGGUUUUCGACCGCAAGCAGUCUUGCACCCAGCAGUGCUUCCUAUCGCCAGAAUCGCCACUCAUAUCCUCGUCAGCCCCGGGCACUGAACACUAGCCAUGCCAGUCAUCGCAAUUCCCUCUCGCCAUCGCCAAUCACCCCGCGCGGAUCCUAUAGGCGAUCGUCAGCCGGACUACGAGGACGCAAAUCCACUUCUUCCUCAGUUUCCUCAAUCCGCAGCAUCCACCACACUCGCGCCCAUUCGAAAGCAUCUUCCAUCUCCUCCAACAGCGUAGAUACUAUCUCGACACCCACCGCGAGGUCAUCCAGGUCGCCUCAUUCAUCUAUCAAGGUCCUGCCAACUACACCGGGAUCCUCUGCCCGAUUCCCCAGCAAUAUCCGAUUGGUCCGAGGACCGGGUGGUACGCCGCGCGAGGUUGUUGACCGGUCAGGCUCAAUGUCGACAUCCUUUAAUGAGGCAGCGCCAGCGCCUCUGCUGUACUCGCCCUCUUCAAGCCUGGUCUUUGCGCGUCGGAAAAGAUCCGCCUUCAAGGGACCCAUGCUACACACGAGUAAUCUGAUGGUUUCCAAUGGCACGGCCAGCUCCCCAAUCGCUGGCCAGCCAGUGAACCCCAGUGACUCCGAUGUGUCCGUCGGGCGACCUGUCGCGCGCAAAAGCCAGAUCAUUGAAGAGGAAGAGGACGACGACGGCGUCGAGGAAGACCUCGAUGAAGUCGAUGAAGUCGACGAAUUCGACGACCCCGGCACACCCGGCACACCCGGCGACAUGGUGAUUUCAGACGAUCAAAACGACACCACCCCAAAAGUCUCGGUCGAGUUGGAUUCACCCAGCCGUACACCCUUCGCUCCCGUCCCCAACCUCGAAACCAGCCCUCUUCGGCCUCCCCGUUCGUCUUCUCUGCGCUCUCCAGACAAAUCUGGCUGA